AUGAGUGCCCAAGUACCCUCUUUUCAGUUGAACGAUGGCACGAAGAUCCCAGCCGUAGGAAUGGGUACGGCAGGCAUCAGGAUACGGCAAGUCCAACGCGCUAGCCCCGUAGCGAGGAGCUACAUUGACCCUGUACCCCUAGGGAACGAAAAGGAGGUAGGACAAGCAAUUAAUGCUUCGCGGAUUCCAAGAGAAGAGAUUUAUGUUACGACCAAACUGCCCAAUGAUGCGCACGAUAGAGUCCGCGAGUCCUUCGAGGAAUCCCUACAGAAUCUUCAGUGCGGCUACGUGGACCUAUACUUGAUGCAUUGGCCAUUUGCCGUCAUUACUGACUCAUCCGGCCAGAGCAGAACUCUACGCCCUGACGAACACCCGACUUUCAUUGACACUUGGAAGGAGAUGGAAAAGCUCCUCGACACAGGCAAAGUCAAGACCAUCGGAGUGUCUAAUUUCUCCGUCAAGACUCUCACUGAGCUAUUGCCUCAUUGCACCGUCAUACCGGCUACAAACCAAGUCGAAUUACACCCCUGCCUACCACAAGCCGAGUUGAAGGUCUUUUGCGAGGAGAAGGGAAUUCUCCUGACAGCGUACACUCCUCUAGGUGCACAUCUACGUGCAGGCAGGUCGAAAGUCUUAUUAGAACACGAAACAGUAGGCGAUAUCGCGAAGUCUCUCAGCAUUACUCCGGCUCAGGUGCUCCUGAGUUGGUCUGUCCAGAGAGGCAUAAUCGUGGUCCCAAAGAGUGAAGACAACCAGCGGAUGCAAGACAACAUUAAGCUGGUCCACCUAUCCGAGGAAGCUGUCGAGCGAAUCAACAAGAUACAUGAGGAACCAGAGAUGCACCGGUCCCUUCUGAAGUAUCAUAGUCCCGAAGGAGGGGCCUUUGGCUGGUCGUACGAGGACUUUGGAUGGAACAUGGUGACUGGGGGAAUCAUCCCCUCCAAGUAA